AAGAUGUUCUAGGGAAUUAUAUAUAUAUAUAUAUAUAUAUAUAUAUAAUUCCCUAGAACAUCUUUAUACAUCUUUAUUAUAUAUAUAUAUAAAUAUAGAUAUAGAUAUAUAAAAUUCUUUAAAACUUUUAAAGUUUCUGUGAGACAUUUGAUACCUCUAAUGAGCUAAAAUAAUAAGAUAAUCAUACAGAUCGAGACUUAUUUAUUACAUGCGGAAUAUAGUUAUUCCACAUGUAAUGAUGUAAUGAAAACCUCUUAUUUCAUGAUGCUGAGAAAGCUGCUUGUCACUGAAACGUGGAAGCAUUAGUUUUGACUUGACUGACUUGGUGCCAUAAAACUGUUGUAAUUGAUGUGUUCUAUUUUGUAAGAAAGCACUCUCUGUUCUUGCUAUCGGACCAAAUUUGUUGAGAAGGACCUCCAUACAUCAGAUAACAUGCUCUUGACUGCCAUGUGUCUCGAAUGAAAUGAAAUUUGAGGUCAAAUUUUGUUGCUGCCUUCAGAUUUUACAUCUCAGUUUGUGCAGUUUUUUAGCUAACAGCAACUCAUUUACUAACUGCUAUAAAGUAAAGUGCUCUCUCGCUCCUAAUUUAAUCAUUAUCAUUAGAUACAUGAGAAAUGAUGUUUAUUCAGUCGUAGCAGACGAGUCACUAUAUUCAAUAAAACUCUGCAGUUAUCUUACAUUAAAAAAAAAAAACCUGCUGUUCACUGGUUUUGCUGGUGUGUUUUUUGUCUAACACAUACUGCUAACUGAUGUAUUGAUUUCAGGUGAACUUUUGUCACAUCCACUUAAAAAAACAGCAGAGUGUGGAUUAUUAGAAGGUACUGCUGAGUAAGCUAAAAAAACCCAGAAGUAUACCUCCUCUUCAUUCUGCUAACCAUGUGUGACUUCAGUUGAAACACUGUUUGAAAAUGUGGUUUCUGGGUGGACAGGCUCAUCACAGGUGGUCUUCUGAGGGCCCCUCAUAUCUUUAACCCAGGCGGAAGUGCUACAUUAGAGCCAUCUCUUUGGUGUCAGUGCGUGUGUGUGUGUGUGUGUGUGUGUGUGUGUGUGUGUGUGUGUUGGUUGGCAGAUUUUUUCUUUUUUUCCCCUGAAGUCGUGUGGUAAAGAUGGGUUUGAGGAAGCCAUAGGGGUAGUUGUUUUAAACUUCUACCAAAACCAAAACCCUCUGCAAGACCCGUGUCCUCUCCAACCAAAAGGCCUGACUUUCCAUAAAUGAUAAAAGCUCUAAACUUUCAGCUUUACAUGUUUAAGUUAUUUUUUUUCUGUAAGUAGAAGCACAUCAUAGAUAGUGCUUUUAGGUGACUAUGCAGUGAGCAUUUUUAAAAUGUGCUGUUGUGAGUAUAUCCUUUGGCAAUAAUGGAGCCUAGAAGUAAUAGCACUAAUUAUAGUGUUUAAUUCAACAUUUUAGCUCCAACUCUGUGGAAGUUGGGGGAGUUGUGUUUUAAAAAAACUACAUGAGUAUCAUUCUAGUUGAGACUAUAGGGGAGACUGGGGCUUGUUGUCACAUUUUUUACACUCAUAUUUCUUAGAAUCAAUACAAAAUAUACAUACAAAACGUGUACCAGAUGAAAGACCAAAGUCUCAGGUAUAUAUUUAGUAUUCAUGUCAUUUUCAUAUCUUGUGUCAGUGCAGAGUUAUAAGCAAUGAAAUAGAGCGUGUGAAUAUGUGACAUGUUGCCCCACCAUCGGGUGGUGGUGGUUGACAUGGUAGUUGACAUUAAGGUCAUUUAUUGUCCUCCAGAUUGAUUUAUUAGCUAGGGUCACCUGCUUGACUGCCCUCAGCAUCAUGUCAGGCACUGCACUGCCACAUCCUGUUUUUGUUUCGUAAUUCCUGACCAUGUUUUCUCGCUCUCUCCUCUCCUCUGAACCACUCUUUUUUGUCUGUAAAAAUUAAGUCAAAAUUUCAUCAUGACAGCUGCUGAUAAGUAGACUCUCUACAUUAAUUUAAUCCCUUUUAAAUAUAUGACAACUAACCCCAAAAUGACUGAGACAUGUUGCCCCAAACUACCAUGUUUGCUAAUAAAGUAAUUUGCUUAAAGUUAGUUUAAAAGAGAACAAUGACAAAGGUAUGACAUGAUGACUUAAUCUCUCCUCUAACAAGUCCACAUGUAUCACUGCUAGGAUUUUUAUCUGGAAGAAGCUCAUUUUAAAAUACAUGAAGUUAAUUUUUUUACUUUGGGUUGUGCGAAAUGGUUAAUUGGCGCUCAUCUCAACUCACAAUUUGCUCUUUUUUUCUCAGACAGGAUGCAACCCCUGACCAUGCAAAGGAAGAAAACUAGUACUCCACUUUUCAGUUGCGCCCUCUGGUGGCAAAGAUAAUUGCAAUGUGACAACUUACUAGAGCCGACCCAAGCCUUAAUGUGGCCCUAAGCAAAAUUUGAUUUUAGGGCCCUCUAUUUCUGCAAAUAAUAUUGAUUGUUGAUCAUUCACACAUCUUCACAAAUCUCUUUGAUUAAAAUUCCAUGACAUGCAAACAUACCUUUAUCUCGGUGUAUUUUCUCUUCUUCCUCUUUCUUUUCUCUGCUCCUGAAGGAUAUGUCCUUUUUUGUGACAUUGUUUUGCCCCACAACUACCUGCGCAUUGGAUGCUCAGUGCUCAAUGCACAGCAGGAGGUUCAUAACAGUAGAAGAGCUCUGACAUAUCAGCAGUAAGAAUCAUAGGCCUACAUCAGCAGCAGCACUAAAAUGUUUUUACUUUAUUUUAUUUUUACAAUAAUAUAUAUGCAAUCACACAGAAAGCAUCACUCACACAUGCAAAAAAAUAAGAAAAAUUUAAUAUAUAUUUUUUUUAAUUGCUCUUGGGGGGCCCCUACUGGCUGCGGGCCCCUAAGCAGGCGCUUAGUUCGCCUAUGCCUUGGGCCAGCUCUGUAACUUACCCAUGUGAUAUCAAGCCCCGGUCUCCCCUACUCUUUAUGAAGGGGGCAUUUGUAUAAGCACCACAUUUACUACAAUUAGAUAGAAUGACAAGGAAUGACAAAUGCUCAUUUUUCUUUAACAGUUUUGUGCAUCCCCCAACACACACUGUCUCUCUCACACACACAUUUGAUGAAGUGAGGUGUAAUUUCUUUUUAAUUUAAAACCAGCCUCUCUUUUUAAAAGCCACUUAAACAAUACCAGUCUAUGGAGAGGGAUUUUGUCCAAGUAUCCCCUUAAGCUGUGAAGUGAAAAACCAGACCUGCUGUGGCAUUUAAUGUCUCCUCCGCGGAUUGGAGUUUCUCGAUUAGACUGGUGGAUAUUUGUGGCAGCAACAUGGGAUUAUAUUUCUCAACUGAGCACUACAAAGCAAAACCCGAUCCGUUGCUAUUACGUAAGUGCCGGUGACAUAACUCUCCCUAGCCUGGGACGGUCAGGGCGCAGAGAGAGAGCGCGGGGGGGGUGGGGGCCGUGGACCGGGGCGCACGGCCGGUCCAGCUGCACUCUCUCCUCUCUGCUGCCGCUGCCUCGGGGGGAAUUAAAUUAUUUCAAAACAACCGCACAAGAAGACGAGGAGGUCCACUCUGGAGCAAUAAGAUGAGGACUGAGUUCUUGGAGCUGCUGCUGCUGUAAAGAGAGAAGGAGGCGACAUGGCUGUGCACGUUUUUAAAUGCCUGCGCCGACCCGGGCGCUAGAACAAUAACAACAGGUAAGAAGAUCUGAGUUUGGUCACUUUAUGAGUUUUAAUUGCAGCACGUGGUGUUGACGUUGUUGACAUGCGGUUUGUGUGUGUGUGUGAAAGAGAGAGAGGGAGAAGUGUGUGUGUGCGUGUGUGUAGGUCCAGCCAGUGUUUUGACAGGAGAGUUAUGGAAUAUGAGGAGCUCAGCGUGCUUCAAACUGACACCCCCAUCAAAACAGGUAAGAGCCAACACUGAGGUCACACUGUCCUGCAACAGGUGUAUGUACAUGUUAGAGCACACUCCAGGUGAAGUGAUACGCCUUGGUGCUUUGACCCCCUCACAGUUUGUCAUAGCUGUCAGCUCCCAGCGUGCCACUCUGUAACCCACUCCCACUCUCAUCUAUCUUCCUUCCUCCUCUCUCUUGCUUACUCUGAACACCUCUCCACUGCCACCAUUGACUCAGUUGCUCUGUUUCUCACUAAGAUCACUUUUAUCUUCUUUCUCUCCACUCCCAUCCAUCUUUACCCCAGUAACCCUCCUCAUCCCUCUCCCUGGGGUGUGGUUAAAGUGCUGUGAGUGGGUAAGAAUAACAGUAAGCCGGGGUAAUCCUUUAGGAUUAGUUCUUAUUUUUGCUUCUGUUUUUGGUCAAUGCGCGUCUAUUCAAAGCCUCUCUGCAGCUAUAAUCAAAUUGUUAGCAGCUACUUGGGAUAAGACAUCAUGUCCCUGUACCACAGAAACCCACUGUACACCUGCCAUCUAUUCUCAUAGCAUUUAACUAUAUCUUGCUGCAGAUUACUUGCAGUGCAAUGAGUUGAUUUGAGUUAAUUUGAUUUUGAGUCAUCUUGACAUUGCAGGACAAGGAUAUUCAUAAAAGGACAUUGUAAGAUAUCACACAAAACAGUUUUCUCAUUGAUGGUUCAUCAGAAACAGCAGUAUUGAAGAAUGCAGAGAGUUCAUGCCACAUGAUAAACAGUUUUUUUGUUACCGUGGGCGAUGCCUCUUACAGAAGGAUGUAUUAUAAAAAGAAAAAAAAACAUUCAAAGCAAGGAAGGACAUUGACUUUUUUUUAUACCAUGUAUGUAAAAAUUUGAUUUAAUACAGGAUUUAUGUAAAUAUGUUAGUUUCAGAUUUGGAUAACGCCAUGUUUAAAUUGAAGGUCCUGCAAAUUGAAACCAGAAAAUUCAUAAACACCAAAGAUAUCAAGCAACAUAGUUAGUUAAAGCUUUAUUCUUUCUCAUUUUUGAGAUUUCUGAUAUGAGGACUCACAUCUUUUUGCAUUCAGUAUCAACAGGGGAAAAAAAAACAAAUUAAAUGCCAAUUUCAAAACAAUUUCCAUCAAAAAUAAAUUGUAAAAAAAAUGUCUACAACAAGAUCAGCCACAUUUUUAUGACAUAUUACAACUUUUCUUUUAAUAGUGUAACACGAAAAAGCUGAACAAUCCUUGCAAAGACAUAGUUGCUGUCUUGAAUAUCAGCGAAAGUGGUAGUUAAGAAUAAACUCAUUCAUAUAAACAGGAGUUAGAUGCCUCAGAAAUGUCUGCUGUUGUCUGGUGAAGAUCAGAAACAUUUAAGGCUUUCUUCCCAAUCUAUUCCAAUCUCUUGGCUUUAAAACAGCAGCCAAAAAAGUCACCAUGUUCAUAUUUGUACAGUGAGGGAUACAGAUUGUAUUUCAACAUAUUAUAUUAAACAACAUUUACUGUUACACCCACUUCAAAAACACUGGCCUGGUUUUGGUUAGUCAAAGUUUUGCUGUGUCGUUGAAUGUCAUUGAUGAUUUGCAAAACUCUUAAUGCACCAAAGUUUCCAGUUAACCAACAUGUUAAAAGAGUGAACAUUAGAUUCUUUCUGAAGUUUGUGCAUCGGACAACUCAAACUGGAUCAAACAAGGUGCAUCAGAGUGAGGUUUAGAGUUGGUUUAGAAGCAUCAGCUUAUUUAUCCUGAACUGCUGUUGUAGUGUUUCAGUCUGGUUAAAGUGGAGUUUCAUUGUUGUUGUGCUGAUUUUCAUACUGCUGAGAUAGCCUUUCUGAGGCGACAAGUCUUGGUUUUAGUGGCUGGUGUGGGUGUCUCUUCAUUUUUCUCCUACUGCUGUGUUUGUAUCUCGAGUACUGCUCCAUGUCACUCUUUAAUAUGCCCCUGAGGUCAAAUAUCUGUUUGUUUAACAUAAAGAUAUAUAAUCAUCUGAUAUAAAAACUGUCUAUGGUGUUCCUGAGGGAUCAUUUUUGAACUUAGUCUUCCUCUACAUGUGCAGCACUUAAGGCCAUUGCCAAUUCAUGUGUAACAGUUUUUUUUCCUAAAAAAAAGAUGAGGACAACAUCUUUAUGAGUCUUUAUUUUUUUUAUUCAGAAACUCAAAGAUUUUAAGUUUUCAGUUCUAGGUGAUUAAUGGGACACAAAAUAUUCACAUCUUAUGAAGCUGAGGUGUCAGACUUGUUAACUUUUCUCUGUUGAAGUCCUUUCUGAGUUUGGUGUUAGCCAUCAGGAAAGUGGUUUCCAACAGUGUCUCACUGCUCGUUUGAUUGAUCAGGCGUUAAGGUCUAAAUUUUUAGUUGACAGAGUACAUUUUGUUCUAACGUUUCUCAGCAUUUUGGUCCUCCUGUUGAUCCAUUGUAAGACUUAUACUACAAUAUACUUGUACUCUUUAGACACCAUUGUGAUAGUGUAGUUGUUUUAUGCUUUACGACUUUGAGUUCUAUCCUAGUUGUUAAAGCAUUUUGUCCAUUUUUCAGUCCAUUGGCCGCUAGUGUCUUCAAUUCAAAAAUACACUGUUGUUUACUGUGUUUUUUGGAGAUUCAGUGAUGAGGUCUACCUUUCUAUGGCUUAUGACCCCAAGAACACUGGAGGGUUAGAUUAGCACAAAAGAUAUCUAACUGUACUUAAAUAUCUAUUACAAGUGCAAAAAAGUGAAUGAACCUCAACCAGAGGCUCAGGAUAGAGAGAAAACAUUAGACAAUUUCAAUGGCCGAUGACUGAUAUGGGCCCAAAAAAGCCUUCGACAGCAGAUGUAGUGAAGUGUUGGCAGCCAUUAUUACCCCAAAUUCCUGGCAGUGCCUGACCCAAACUCUUUUAAUCUUAUAUUGGCAUAAAAGAUAAUAAUAAGUAAUGUAUCUAGCUUUAAUUCAUUCUUAUCUCCUCAUGCUUCAUUGUUUUUAUUCAGGCGAUGUUGGCAGCCUGCUCUCUGAGUCCUGUUGUUGUUAUGUAACACAGCAACUGUCACUUCAGCAGCCCUCGAUGUCAGCGUGUGGGGAUAUUAGUGAGAUUUGGACUGAUGAGCAGUGUUAAUGUUUGUGACACCGUAUUCAUCAUCGACUUAGUGUGUGUAUAUACUGUAGAGUUUAUUCAUGCUGUGUCACAUUUAGUUCCCACAGAGACUGUUGUAGCUGCUGGCAUUAGAUGACAUUUUUCCACUACUGACCGACUGUCAAAACUGCUCAUACAGUUUUGUGUAGAGAUCACUUUCACCGAGGUAAAACAAAAAAUCACCACAUCUCAGAAUUUGCUGUAGCUAAGUGUGACAUUUAUUGUGUUUCGAGUGGCUUUAAAUCAGGAAAAAAGUGACAGAGAAGUAAAUGAACUGCUUGCUCUACCAUGUGAGUGUGGGAGUAGUAUUUUGUGUAUUAGAUAAAAGCCAAACUUUCUAACAGGUCAUGUUUCCCUCUGCUCUAAAUAUAUUAAACUGAAUAAUAAGAGGACACUGAGUCUGAACUCCCACAGCUGAGUCAAAAUGAAUGACCUUCUUGUGUAAUAGUAUGACAUUUUAAAUCCACUUAAUAGCUCUUACAAACCUGUUUUAAAUAUCCAAACUGGUUGCUCUAACUUUUCAAAAAAGCUAAUAAUGACGUCUAAGACUUGCUUUUAAUAACCUUGAUAAUUUAAAAUGAUUCCUUUACAUUUUGUUUUGCAAUCACCCUCACACAUCUUCUCAGUAAGUGUUGAAAUCUCUUUACAUUUUCCGUGUGUGCUUGCACCGCACUGCUUUCAUUCCAUGCUUUCUGCUUAUGAAGCAAAACUGAUUUGAUGAUGGGAGGAAAACAGUGGAAACCACAGAGGGCCUGAUCAGGCGCCAGACAAAGACCGGCUAGCUCUAUGUCUUCCAUUGAUGCUUAUCUCCCCUGUCUUUAAACCUCUUUGUCUCAAACACAUACACGCACAAACUCCAGAAAUAAACACCUUGGUUCAAACCUCCACGCAUUUGCCCACAUGCAGUGCAACUUAGACUUUCUCACAAUUGUGGUCAAACAGGCAGACAAAAAGAGGACCUAUUGCUCCAUAGACACCCACGUUCCUCUACCUCUAACUCCUGUGUGCGUGUGUGCGUGUAGAGGGGGCAAGGGUGACACAAACAUAACACAAGUGUGAACAGGACUUCUCUCUCCUGUCUUAUCUCUCUGCCAUGAAGUUGUCUUAUCUGUCCAAAUGUCUUUGUAUUGUGGAAAAACACAAAAAAAGGUUAAAGGCUACAAACUGUCUUCAAGCUGCCAUUGAAGAUUUGGAAACAAACUCUGAAUUUAUCCCAGCUGAAUCUGUAUUCACCUUAAAUGAGUGUAACUUUUAACAUCCUAAAAUCAUCGAUUAUUUUUAGGUCAAUGUUUCGCUGAGUAAAAAGUGGAUUCAUUGGUAGAAGUAUUGAUCGUUGUCCUUAAAUGGCAUGUGGCGAUCAAAAUGUUCCCGACCAAAACAAAGUGGAAGCGAAAUGAACCUGAGGUGACUAAACUGAAAGCACUCACAAUCUAAAAUGCCCCGUUCAUAUUAUAAUACUUGACUGUGUAAUCUGAACAUGACUUUUUAAUGUCAGUUUCUGAAUUUAAAAAGUGUCAUCAAAUCAUUUCAGUCAAAUAAAAAGUGCAUUUCAUGGUAAAAGUAUAACUUGUAAUUUCAGUGGUUUAAGCGAGAGUCGAGACUCUGUUGUCCAGGUACUAAAAAGUUGUAAUCGUGAAAAUAGACAAAGUUAUUUUUCUAGCUCUGUCAGGUUUAAAAGAACCUCGCACAUGGAUUUAAUACUCAGUAAAAAGUAUCAUUGUGUUGUCCAGUGUGGCAUUUAGACAGAUUCUAGGGUUUGAUGUUGAUCUUUUGAACAAAUCGCCGCCUUUGAUUCACCGACUCCUUUAUUUCUUCCACAGGAGGAGCCGUGUCCAAGAAGACUCAUUUGAGUAAGUUCUCCCUCAGAUGCAACAUGUUUGUGUGUGUGUGAUCAUGAGCAUGCGCACGUGUUAGUCUCUAUGUGGAAAUGAUUGUUUAUGUUUGUGCUAGAUAUUUGUGCAUGCAUUGCGGUUUACUUCACAGUUGGUGAACAUACAAAAUCGCACCUGUGCAGAGAUAUAGAUGCACACGCGCACGCCAUGCAGUAAGACCAUUAGCAGCACAGUGUGAUGCACCUGUGCCUCCCUCCUCACACACACAUACACACACAUACACACCACAAACACACUAUGAUAAAAAAAACAUACUUUUUGGCAUCUGAAUGCAGAUGAGAGUGAUAACAUAGAGUCUUAUUUUAACUUCUCUGGUUUGACACUUUCUGCCACAAGUGAAGCACACCUGGGUAAGUUCGCAAGUGUGGCGGGGCUAGGUGCUGCGUUUGUGGUUCGACUUAAAACAAGAAUAUAGAGAACACAUAAUGAUGAUUAAUUUUUAUUAAUGGGUUCUUAGUUAAAGCUUGAAUGGUCCUCCUGCACAGAGGAGAAAUGGAUUCAGGUUUUUGGAGAGUUCAGAUCAGAGUCAUGGUGAAAAGUGAAGUUGAAGAUUCUACCCAUAAAAACAUGAAUAAGCUAAUAUACAUUGCAAUAAUUAUAUGUAGUACGUUCAUACACAUCAUUUAAUUAUUUAAAACCCCUUCUACAUGCACCUGAAAACAGUGAGUUUAGGGGCUUUAAGAGUAAUUUCACAUCAUAAUGUUGCUGCUGUCUGUUUGAGAAAAGUAUCAUGGAUCAGAGUUGGAGGUUCAUGACGACCACACCUGAACUGCAACAAGCCAAAAAACAGAUCAGAAAGUUUUAACGUCAGCUGACAAACUGAAAUAUUUUAAACUGUGCAGCAUGAAUAAAAACAGUCCAAAAAGUUUGAUAUAUAAAUUAAAUAUUACCUGACUGAAUGUUUCUGUGAUGAUUUUACUGCAUCGCUGGUGUUUCCUGUUCAACAUUUGAUUUAUAGACAGUCAUGAAAAGUCUCAAAGGUCCCCAACAUAACAUUUUAUUUUUUACUCAUGGUGCAGAGUGAGGGGGUGAAGGAUAACAACAAAGGUCUGGGGAAAAAAAAGUACCUUAAGAAAGAGCAAGGGACAGUCCCCCCCCCCCCCUUUGUCUAUCUCUUUCUUCUUUUUCUCUCUCUCUCACGAACACACACGCACACACACGCUACAAGGAAGGUGAGGCGGUGACUGUCACUCAAAAAGCCUCAUUGUGUUCACUAAAGCUGCAGAGAGCACCUGACCCGGCACACUAAACGAGGAGAAAAAAAGAAGAAAGAGUAACAGAAAAGAAGAGUGAUAGAAAAAGCGAGCGGUACAGUAAGACUGUGAAAGUGGGACAAACGUCUGAGACAAGUGGAGGAGUGAGGAUGAUGCGAGGUAGGGAUAACAUCUUUGUGUGUGUGUGUGUGUGGGUGUAGGUGUCAUUGUGUUUGUGAGUGUGGGCAUUACAAAGUUAUCAGUGACAUUAUUGAUUAGCUGGAAGGAUCAAGAUUUUAUUCCAUCUAUCUCAAUUUCAGUGUUUGAAAGUUUACAUAGUGGAAACAUGAGUGAGACCCCAAGUGUCUUUGGCUUUUUCAAAAAAUAUAUCUGAUGUUUCUCUGCAUUUUCUUCGAGUUUUAAUCAGAUCUUUUAAAAUACUUUUCAAGAAAGUGUACAGAGUAACACACAUGGCUUUAAAUGUAUUAUCCUUAAUUAAAUUACAAGUUAAGGUUUAAGCUUAUUCAUUUUUGUGCAGUGCUGCAGAAUGAAUGAAAAACUGUCGCUUUUUAAAAAAAAAUUUUCAACAAAGUUUACUGUCUCUGCUUGGCUAAUCCACAAUUUUACUCUAUUUAAUAUUCAAGCUUUUUCUGAUUAUAAAGCGCUCACACACCUUUGCAGUUUAGCGGUGAUAAUAUUUGUUCGGAAACUUUAUUCCUUCCCCACAGAUUUCUCUCUGAGCUGACUGUUUGGUACGUUCACAUCGGUUGGUGUUUCAGGUAUACGGUUUGGUGAACUGACUCAAUUCUGAGAUCCUUUGAUGAGUUUUAAAUUUGACUCAUGUCUUGAAAUUUUCCUCCCUCACCUUCCUCCUCAGCCUACAGUACAGUGCACUGAGUUUAAGACCGCCGGUUGCAUUAAGAGGGGAUCUUUAAAUAUUAAAAAUAAAACUGAAAUUUUUUAAACUCAGAUAAAUUUAUGUUGCAAAAAUACUGAAGAGAUAAAAACUGCAUUUCAGCUCAGUGGGGCCUGGUGACAGUUGAGAAGUCAACCUUUUUGCAAAUGCACUUCCACUGAAUUCUUAGCAACAUUAAAGUGAAAGAGAGGAAAACAGGAUGCUUCAUAACCACAGUGCAUCAGUUUGACUGGACUAACUCUACACUAACACAGUCGACAAGAUACAGAGGAAAUGCUGAUAAUAAUGUGAGAAUAUACUGAUUGAAAUGAUUAAAACAAUGAUGUUCUUACAAAUUACUCACUUAUGAAACAGAUGCCCCCCUAAUGAAACUCAUACAACUACACAUCAAGUUGUGAGAAAGAAUUCAGGUUUUCGCAAGCUGCUGACAUUAUCUGUCUCUGCUGUGUAUGUGCAGGUUGCAAACACACUCUGGCAUUUAGAUGCAAACACACACAGAAUUGUGCACAGCUGUUUGUUAUACAGCGUUGAGAUGUAACACACCUCACUCCUGCAGCUGCAGCUGCAUUCAUGUGGAUACUGUGCACAUGAAUGCAACAAAGCGGGUUGGCACUGGUGGACAGUAAACUUCAUAUAUAUUUUUGUCUUCAGCUUGUAGUUGAAAAAAGUUGUUACACAUUAAUAGUAGGCCUGAUAAUGUCAGAUAUUACGCACAUGUUCACUUUAUCUGACUUUAUUGUUGCGCUUGGGGGGAUUCCUGUGUAGAUUCAUAAACAGUUUCUUUAUCACAGAGGAUUUCCUUGUUCCUCUGGGUGCAGAAACCUGCACAGCGCUCCAAAAGCAGCAAAAGCGGUUGUCUUGAGAUCAAAGCUAACAUCAAAAUCACAGAUGACACAUUCCCCCAAAAAUUAGGUAGAUGAAACAGUGGAGCUGAAUCAUACCCUUAACUACUGUCAAAGUGUUCCUCUUUCAAACACCCCAAACCAGGCCUCACAUCCUCAAAGCUGAAGAUGUUCAUUUGUGUUGAGAUCAGUUUUGAUCUUUUCAUUUUUUCUCAGAUAAAAUAAUAUUUGCAUUUUUUCCCUCAGUAUAGGUCAGUUUAUGAAUUAAACUUUGCAAUGGAGAAGUUUUUAUAUUUAUGUGAUGACAAAAAUCCUGUGGUCUGCAUUUAAUUAAAAAUAAUGACAAGUCCUCACAAUAAAGCAUUAGGAAUGAUAAACCCUUAUGUGAAAUUAAUCCCAAUUAUCUUAAUUUCAGUUAUAUUCAUUUUUCCUUUUUUUUGCUUUUUUCUUGUAUUGUUCUCUGUGUUCAUAUUAUAAAAAUAAGUGAUUUAUAGUCCAUGAUUCAACUCUGACAGCAGAUGAAAUUUCAUUGCAAUGGAUUUAUAUUGUUUUUUAGGGUCAUUAUAGACUACCAGAUUAUUAUUGAUACAUACAUAUAUAUAUAUAUAUAUAUAUAUGUAUAUAUACACACACACACACACACACACGAUAUGAGUAGUUAUUUUCAGAUCUUGUGUGAACUAUUAAAACCUAAUUUUUUAAAGUGUACAUGUUUAAAAUAUUCAUAAUGAGCAGAUACGCUGCUGGGUCUUUGUAUCAGUCACAUAUACGGCUGCCCUUUGGCUCCAUCGGUUUGCUCUGUUGUCCUUUUGAAAACACUCAAAGGUUCAUUGUAGAAUCUGUUUAGAAUCAAAAUGCCUUUAUUUUACAAGACAAAGUAUCAUGAAAAUAGCUGACACACACUCAGAGUCAGGGCCAUCAGAUUUUUAGGUAAAAAAAAUAAAAUAAAUUAAAACAUAUUUUUUUAACCAAAUGGUCUAAAGGUUCAAGGCUAAUGAAUCCUCUGUUUAACUGAUCCACUUAGGUGUACUACAUGCCGAUGUCGACCAUGGUUUUAAUGAUGAUGUUAGUAGGCUGGAAACUGUCGGCUGUUUGCCAUGUGAAAUGAAGACAUUUGAAGUCCUCACAGAUCCUGCAGUGUGUUUUAGAGUGUUUUAUUGACACACUACAGCAGUCCUCAUUUAUUUGCAUGAGUUCACUUUGACCCAUGCAGCCGCACUUUCUCAAAAAAUUAAUCCUAUGGAGGUGCACCAACCACACUGGCAAAAAUAUGAGAAAUGUAAUUAUAAAUAUGAUUCAACCGCAUGUUUAUGAGUAAAGAAAUCUAUGGUGUAAACUUUUUAUAUGUAAAACAAAGACAAAACACGCUUGAUUCAACUUUUUUGAGAUUAAUAUAACAUUGUAUGGAGAUUUGAUAGUACCUGUCUUUUGGAGAGAUCAACCUAUGUUUGUGAGUCUGUGGGUGUGUGUGUGUGUGUGUGUGUGUGUGUGUGUGUGUGUGUGUGUGUGUGUGUGUGUGUGUGUGUGUGUGUGUGUGUGUGUGUGUGUGUGUGUGUGUGUGUGCCUUCUGUUUAUACACCCUUUGAUUGUACUGUCACUUGCGUGUGUUCUAAAGGUGAGCUUCCGUCGGAGGAAAGUUGAGGUUUUUUGUCCGUUUACAGUGCAAAGAAUACAUUGCUGACUCUGAGAUUUUAGGUAGGGUGGUGCAUCAGAGUGGCAAUCUGUAUCAACCCCCCUCCCAAGAAAAACCUCCUACACACACACACAUGCACGCACGCACAGUCUGCGGUCAAAACCUUGAGCUCAAACCUUUCAGCCUGUCUUCCUUUUUCACUGUUUGAAUUUGAACAUAACACAUAUGUAUGUAUGGAUGGAUGAAUUUGAUAUUAGAAAACUUAACGUAUAUUUUACGAUCAUCAGCGAGUUUGAGAUCAGAGUUUUGCUGUGUCCAGUAUUGAGGAAAGUUAAAACGCAGUGUACAUUACAGCUGAGCAAAUGUUUCAAGAUUUCUUUUUGCUGCUGUGUACGGAGGCACUGUCAGCACGAACUGAAAGCCUCUGCUGUUGUUUGGACAGUGACAACAUGUGCUUCUUAACUGGCAGAGAAUAAGUCAUUGACAACCCAAAAAACAGAUUAUAAGACUUUCCUUUGGCGGUGUCUCCGUACACUUUGAGAAGUGUAGGAGGUUGUAUGCUUUUAUUUUGACAGACACGCCAUAUCAUUUUUAUCGCUGUACAGUUACACUUCUCAAACCUCAUCAUUUUUUACCUCAUUUGGCAUAGAGUGUAUUAUUUUUAAAUGUUCUUUUUUGUUUGUUUGUUUUAUUUCUUGGGACAUAUUAUAAUUGAAUUUUUUUUAUUCAGACAAAAUGUGUAGAAUUUCCAUUUAACUGCCCAUUGGAUCCAUACGUAAACUUUCAAAACUACUGAUGCAUAAGUGAAAAGAAAGAGGAAUUGUAGUUUCAAUCAUGUUUUUGUACAAGAAGCGCUUAUAAUCUAGACACUGUUGCUGUGCCUCUAUUCUGCUCACACUGUGUAGGCUGUGUACUUGCAUAGCUUGUGAGCUUCCAUAUUGUGGUCUCUCAAACUGACUGAGGUUAUCACUCAGGUUGAAUGAAACUCUUUUCUUCUUCAUCUUCAAAUUGCAAAUCGCCAACAUUUGGUGCAUUAUCACCAACAUUUAAAGAGUGUGCAUGCAUGAGUGUCUCAGUCACCUCCACAGCUGUCUGUUUGCUCGAUUGACUUAAUUUUAAGUUUGCUGGGAUGAAUAAAAUUCAUCUUUUAUAUUUAAGUUGCCUCUGCGUAACAAUAGUUCCUUUCACAAUGUGACUGUUCUGCUGUCAUUUUUGGGAUAUGUCUUUUCUUCUUGUACAUCACCGUGACAGGGAUCUUAGUACACAUCUGAAUACUCACACCGCGCCACAUUUUGAUAGUCUGAGCAUUAACUCGCACACAAAACAGAAAGUGCUGCUAUGGAGGACUGCAAAUUAAGAGUAAACAAAAUAUCUUUCUUGCAAAAAAAGAGACAUGGAUGAAAUAAAGGUGGUUAAUUUUCUUUUUCAGUAUUUUUAUCGCUCUGCACACCAACAUACACAUUCACCAGGAGAUGAUGGUUUUGCUUUGUGGCGAGAGAUCACAAGGUUAGACACAAUGACAGACGAACAGGUUAUUAGUGAUUAUAGCCAUACACACUUAUCCUAAUACUUCAAGUGCAUGCAAAGCUGUUUUUUUUUGUUUUUUUUGCAUGUGUUGUUUCACUCAAAACAACUCCAAGCUUGAUUCAUUUCCGAGGUGUUUUAGACUAAUACUGUCUGAGUGACUGAAUGAGAAUCAUCAGAGGUGUAAAGACAUGGAAAAUUACCAAUGAAAGAUGGUGUGUGUGAUUGCUGUCUAUGUUUAUGUGAGUGCUUGUGUGUAUCUGAACAGUGAAAGGUUGUGGGUCAUGGUGGAUUUCCUGUUGUCUGAGGUUGACAAUCAAAAACGAAAUAGUGAAAAACAGACCACUUCUGCACACUCUGUCAGACAGAUAUUCACUAACAUGCCUCAGAAGUGCAAGUUGACAAAGCAGCGAAACAGAUCAGUGUGUAGAGACGUUUUCAACCAAGUCAGAGUCAGAACCUUGUUUGAUUUGUGGGUCGCUCGUUGGAAUCAACCAUUCACCGUCAUUAGCAGAAAUCUUAUCAUUUGUGCAGCGGCUCCUUCUUCUCUCACAAGCUGGCUGUCCUCUUCCGGUUUGUCCCUGUGGCACCAGAUAAAGAGGGCACAUACUGACACACUAACACAGACUUGAAACAAAAUCUGACACAGUUAUACACGGAAAUACAAAUACCACUGUAAAUAAGCGUCUGCAUGCACUCGUAAGAGUUAGUCUAUCAGAAUAUGAUCAUACAAUCAGUGCAUUUCAGGAAGGUGAGAAGAUAGCAUGCAAAGAUAAGAAGGUGCAUGUGUGAGAUUAAAGUGAGAAAAAUGACAAUCCUCCACUUCCUGAAUGUGUGUUACCAUUCACUGUUGUGAAAUCAUUCAAGUUAAACACAGUUUGAUGCCAGUGUGGUUUACCGUUUUAGCGGGAAAUUAUUAAAGUGUUUCAAGUUUGAUGCCAAGACUUGUUUUUUGACAUUUGUGACAUUAAAGUAAAAAAAAAAAGCACCUGAUUGUGACAAAAAUCACCACUGAGCAAAGAGACAGGGGGGUGUGAGAGCUCACACAGAUCAGGGGCAUGGGAGGGUGGGGGUGAGAGGGGAAUGGCCAUUACUGGCAGUGAUGAAGGAGGGUGAGUGCAUUACUGGCAGCUGUGUUCUUUGUGAGCGAGAUAGAGAAGGAUUCACAAAGACAGAAAUGACAUGAAAGAGGGACAGUCAGAGUGAGAGAUAAGCCAGUCAACCACUUGAAAGAGCUCUGAGGUUGACACCUUCGUACUCUCCGCCUUUCUCCAUUUGAAAAUAUUCCACGUCCCCAGAAAACUCUUUUUGUUGUUAUUCAUUCAAUUUUAUUGAGGCAAGAGACUUUUCAGAGGAAAAUACCUUUUGGUUUGCUCUGGUCAAACAACAACUGAUUGAUGUUGAAGGGGAAGUACAGCAAAAAAAAAAAAAAGCUUGAGUUUGCACAGUAGGAAUCGGUAAUCACUUUGUUUUCUUGAGUGAAAUUUUGCAGUGUCAUCUGGGUAUACACUUGUAUAGUAACCAACUGUGAGGGCUGAAGCCUCUGCACAAGAGUUAAGUGAUCUGGCUGCUCAGUUUAACUGGAUUUCUGUUUAGAUGAGAUACUUUGUUGUAAAAUGCUAACAGCAGAAGCUUUCAAAUUGUGCCACCAAAUCCCCAUUUAAACGUGCUGCAGUACAGAAUUACUUUAUAUGACACCACUGCUCUUUCCAUUUGUGCCUCAAGAAAAAUGGCAAUAUUUCUUUGAUGCUGUUACAACCCUAAUUUAAAAGUUUGAACACUGUAAAUUAUUAGUAAGAACAGAUUUCUCAAAGAAUUUAACAGCAUAUUUAGUUGAAAACAGUGAGAUGGUAAAUAAACAGGGCAAUAUACUUAUUUUCUAGUCUUGGGACCAACCAAAGUGCUUUUACAUUACAUGUCACAUUCAUACACUGUAGAAAGUGCUCAUCAGGUUAUUACAUGACCAGGUAUUAAAAGUACAUUUCAGAGAUGAGAAGAGAUUCGCAGCUUUGUGAGCGGCUGGGUAAGCAGAUACUUCAGCAACCUUCCUCAACAUUAAAAUUAAUAAUGGAUGGUUUUGAUCUUCGGGCCUUCAGGUGGUACAUUUAAACAGACAUUACUCUGUAGUGGAAAUCCCCGCAUGGGCUUAAAAUCACUUAAACCUGCAAUCACAAUGGCAGGUUACAACUUCACCAUGAAAAGAUGAAACUAUAUAUAAAUAUGAUCCAGAAAUGUGUGUCACAUCUUUGGGCCCAGGACUGUUUAAGAUGCAAAUGAGUUUUUAUCAACAUUUUACACAUCAUCCCAACUCUUUAGAAAUCGAGGUUGUACAAAACCUUCAUCUAAGAUUUCAGCGUGUCCCCAUACACUAACAUCCACUGUUGAAUAAUCCUCCAGAGCCGUGUCGUUCUGAUAGGGAAGCACAAUUCAACAGAACACCUGGUGCUUCUCCUCCUUGCAGCAUUUAGUUAUCUGUUUAGCUCGUUCAAGAGAAAUGUAUUUUUGGAUUGACAGCUGUUUACAUAAAAGCUUUUAUUUCUGUUUUUGUACAGCCCAGAUUGAAGUUAUCCCGUGCAAGAUCUGUGGUGAUAAGUCCUCUGGAGUUCAUUAUGGAGUCAUCACUUGUGAGGGUUGCAAGGUGAGAUGGGAGGUUUACAAAAAAAAAAAACUGACAAAAAACACCUGAUCGGGAUUCAAAAAAUACAUCAAACAUUGAAGCAACAAGAUUGCUUUAAUGUUGUGAGUUAAGCAGAUUGUGUUUCUGUUUAAUAAGAAGCUGUAGUUGCUUAGCUUUGCAUGAAAACUAUAAUUGGAGGGGAAACCUUAACCUGGCUCUGUCUCAGGAUAAUCCACUAAAGCUAACUAAUUAUAUCUAACACAUUGUAUCUUGUUAGUUUUAUCUGAAGAGUCCGUGAGUGUAACUAUAACAGGUUGUGGAUUUACAAAGGAUUAUGCGUCAAUUACUUCUUGGAAUUGCCUUCAGUUGCCACAACCAGACUGGGUGUUUUCUGAGCACUCUGUGGAGUUAACCUGCAGAGUUAACUACAUGGACAGAUACGUGACCCCUGACCCUGCCUAUGAACGAAUAAGCUGAAGUCUCCCCAUCCAAUCACCAUCCAGGAUUGAAAGAGACUGUUUUAUUGGACAAAAAGUAUUCAGAGUUGGAUUUCAUUUUAUAACGCUUCUGUUUGUCUCAAAACUCCUGUUUCUCAGGGAUUUUUCCGUCGUAGUCAGCUUCCCACUGUAUCUUACUCCUGCUCAAGGCAAAGCAACUGUCAGAUUGACCGGGCCAGCCGCAACCGCUGCCAACACUGCCGUCUUCAGAAGUGCUUGGCACAGGGCAUGAGCAGAGAUGGUUAGACACACACACACACCCACACAUAAACAGAUGAUUUUCUUUUCUUGAUGAAGUCCUUGUUCCUAAUGUGUUAUUUUCCCCUCCUCAGCGGUGAAGUUUGGACGGAUGUCAAAGCGUCAGCGGGACUCUCUGAUCGCUGAAGUGGAGAGGCACCGACAACAGCAGCAACAGCAGCAGCUACAGGGAGACGCCCAGUCUGUCCUGUCCUACCCUACCAAGGCCCGCCAAGAUUGCUCCCAGCAGCUCCUCCAGCCCAUGGCCUACCCCUUCAGUGGGGAGGCAGAGCUGCUGUCUUACACCACUGAUGUUCACCCUUACCUGGUGUGCUCGCCAAAUGAGGCACAGGUGACGGCGAUGAUGUAUCGAGGGUCUGCCAUCUCUCCUGCAUCGAGAGCCCAGGGGAGGGGCGACAACAGUGGGCAUCUUGACGUAAGAGGUAAGGCAUUCAUGCAAGCACACACAUCGAUUUAUCAUCCUCUUCUUAUUACCAAUAUCUCAGUUGUCUCUCAUUCUGGCUGUAGGGUUCAACUCCAGACAGCCAUCUAAUGAUCUAAUGGCCAUUCAUCCCUACAACCCACUGGAGGACCCUUACGGCCUCUACCCUCACUCUCUGAGAAACAUAGGUAAGUAAUCAGCACAGUGGUCUGCUUCACACGCCGCUGAGUCAUAAUUGAAAUCUGUGUACAAGUGUUUAUUAUUAUUAAUUUCAGAUGAGCUGUGCGCCAGCAUUGUGCGCUCCCACAGAGAGACCAGCCAGUACAGAGUGGAGGAGCUGCAGGCGCUUCGAUGGAAACUGUUCAGCAGAGAGGAGAUCCAAGCCUACCAGAACAAAGUACACACAGAAAAUCACCCAGUGUUUUAGUUCCCAGACUAGAUUUUUACUCACAUUUUGUGACCUGAAAACAGAAGGCGCCUUUCAGGUGUCUUAAUUCUGAGGAAACUUUUGAUUCAUCAAACAGAAAACUGAGAGUGGUUGUUGAAUCAUUUCCUUCAUCUUCCACCUCUUUCUCUCUUAGAUCACAGGGGAUGAAAGUAAAUGUUUCAUGUCAGGUUAAUGACUUUGUAGAUACUCCUUUAAGCAGCCCAUGUACUGUGGUGUUUAGUAAAGAGGGAAUAUACAGACAUUUUUGAUUCUUCAUUAGAAGAAAGAGCGGCAGAGUCAAUUAGUGAAAAGUUCUUAAUUCGUCAUAAAAAAUUAAAUGAUCUAAAUGUUCUGUUGCCGAAACCUUACACUCUACAAUAUUCUCGCCCUCAGUCCGUGGAUGAUAUGUGGCAGCACUGUGCUAUCCGGCUAACAGAUGCUGUACAGUUUGUGGUGGAGUUUGCAAAACACAUCCCAGGUUUCCGCAUGUUGAGCCAGAAUGACCAGAUUGCUCUCCUGAAGACUGGUGAGUUGACCUUCACUCACGAUCAAAAAUGCUUGAACAGUAUCUUUUACCUGACCUUCCAUCUUUUCUCAGGCUCCAUGGAGGUGGUUCUGGUCAGGAUGAGUCGCUUUUUCAACACGGAAAACAACACAGUUUUCUUUGAUGGGAAAUUUGCUGGAGCUGAAAUCUUCAAGUCUUUGGGUGAAGGUUUUCUUCAAACUUCAAACAAAUAACACAGAUAACACCGUUAAUAUGUUAGUUUUAUUAAUGUUUGUGUUUUUGUUUUUCUUUCAGCUUGUGGGGAUUUGAUCACAGCUGUGUUCGACUUUGCUCAUGGUAUGUGUGCUCUGAAGCUCACUGAGCAGCAGAUUGCUCUCUUCAGUGCUCUGGUGCUGAUCAAUGCUGGUAAGAUCAACUCAGCUGUCCAAAGGCCAUGAUAUAUUUUAUUUCUCUAUUUUGAAACUUAAAAAAAAUAGUAAGGACACUUCUGUAAGGAGUUUUUUAUGUAUGUGAAAUAGGCUGAAGUUCAUACUGAUACGAUUUUUUCACAGUCCAACUCUCAUCUUUUUUAAGUGUUCUCAGUGGUCUAUAAAUUGUGAUUAUGAAGUUUUUAGCCAAAAUUGCGUUACCUGUGUAAUUUUCAAGGGCUUUUCUUCUGCAGAGCUCCAGUAGAUCAUUAGCAAUUCACCUCUGAGUCGCGGGCGGAGACAGCGCUGCUCUGCACACUCCUCUUCAUGUUAGCUUGCAGACUAACAUUGUCAGUUUAGUAGAAGUGGCAGGUAACAUAGAAGUUAUUCAGCUCUCAGACACUAAUGUCUUUAGGGACAUGAUGAAAGCUAAUAUCAAAAUUAGCUUUCUUACGAGCAUUGCAGUCUGUUGACGCACAAGCUUGUUCCGCGAUCAUCCUCUGUAUUUCUCCUCUAUAUGCAAAAUGUGGCCUGCAUAGUUAGGCUCCGGGGGUGGAGCUUGGAUUGGUUACGCACAAAUUCUCACUGUUUCUAAACCUGCCGUUUGGGUCUGCCAGAGAUUCACAGCGGUUUAAAUAAAGAAAUACGCAGAAAAGCAAUUUCACAUUUAGUUUUCUCAUGAUAUGUCUUGUAGCAUCAGAAAAAUGCCAUAAGAACAUACUUUUAAAAAACAUGAUUUUCAUCGGAGUGGGUCUUUAAUGUAACUUUUGAUGCAGGAUUAGAUUUGGUAGAAGACACUACUUUGGCAUGGUAACAACGAGAUAAGAACCACUUUGUCCACAAGGGGGUGCCAAAAUUGACACAAACUGAAAGUUCCUCAUAGGAGCUUUAAGAUCACCAGUGAAAAGCAUUUAUGUAAUUACUCACUUUCAAGCUUUGAUCUAUAAGGAAACAUACCUUUUGAAUACUGUCUUGUUAUCACUUUAGAGUUGAAAAGUUCCUGGUUACUGUUUGAAGUUGAAGUGGUUUUAACCUGUAGUGUUCCAAUGGACUUUUGUUUUAUUUCAAAUAAAAGCAUGGGGAAAGCUACACAGUCAGAAAACUAUGGAUAAUCCAAAUUUAUAACUAAUCCGGUAUCACAGCAUAGUUCUAUUUAAAAGGAUAUGUAUAGUCUUUUUUAAUUUACUGGUAACUCUUAUCCUCUUAUUCUAAAGCCUCUGGCUGGUUCCUGCUCUGGGGGUUUAGCUUUAAGACACUCAGUUUUCUUCUUGUCCACUUUUGUAUUUCAAAGAUAAAACUUGGCAUCUCGGUACUGUUGUCAUCCUUUGCUUUUUUUAAAUAACAGUUUUUAUAACUGAAAAGCUCCAGUGUUUGCUUUUUAAGACAAAAUUUUCUUUCUCAUUUUAAAAUCAGGCAGUCAUCAGAUUGGUUGAUGCAUUAUGGUCAUCAUAUUAGUAAAACACUUUUUCAUUUGUUUCAAGAAAUCCCAAAACAAGAAGCCACAGUGCCCCCCAGUGGCUGUUAAUAGACACAACAUUAUUGUACAUGACCACACAGAUCUAUUUAAAUCUACUACAGUCAGGGAUUUCAGUCAAUAAAAAGUUGAAAAAAGUUAUUCUUAAUAGUUUUUUUCCUCUUCGUGCAGAUCGUCCAUGUCUGGAGGACAGGAGCAGGGUUCAGCGAGCGCAGAAGAGUGUGGAGUUAGGACUCAUGCACAUCCUACACCGAGACAACCAAGAAAAUCUAAUGCACAAGGUACAUGUCUCAGAAUAAGACAUGUCUUCUUAGCACACAAUAUUGUAUUUCACUCAUGUUCCCUUUUGUGUCUGUCUGCAGCUCUACCAGAGGAUGGCGGUGUUACGUUCACUGUGCAGCCUGCACAUGGAGAAGCUGCGUUGGUUCAGUCAGCGUUACCCGCUCACUGCUCACUCUCUUUUUCCUCCUCUUUAUAAAGAGUUGUUUUCCUCUGAGCCUGAGCUUCUGCAGGGGACCAAUCAUUGAUUAUUCACUUUGAUACACACACACAGACACACAAACACAGUAUUUUAACUCCCAGACAGAAUCUAUUUUUUUCUAAUAAUGAACAGACAUGACAAAAGUACAGUAAUUGUAGUGUUUUGAGUAUCACACGACCUCCAGCUGAGCUUUUUCUUAGAUAGUGGCAAACAUUGAUUUCUAAACUUUUGAUUAUUCCAGGGGAAUGUGUUUUGUUGUUCCUUGAUGAUACAUUGUAAGUGGGGCUCAGGGUUUUGAAGCAGACUUUAUGUAUUGUAGUGGAUACAGAGAUUCAAAGAGAAAAGACACAGGUCGCUCCUAACUGAAAUGUUAAAUUGUAAUCCCUCCAAAAAUGACCUUAGGUGUGAGAAGCACUGACUUUCUACCGAGUUAAAAUGUGGCUUUGUGACGCUUGUACUUUUGAGAAGUGCACAUCACAAGCAAAAAUUGCAACAUCCAGAAGAACAUUAUUCACAAGUGUGCAGCUCAUUCAGCAAUUCUUCUCAACAUGUUGACCUAGUUUCAUAACAUCAUCAAAAUUACACAACCCACCUUCUUCUCCUCUGUGAUUAGUUGCUUAACACGUCCUAAAAGCUCAUACUUUCAUGAAGAGCUGAACCCUUCCUGUGCACUGCUCUUCUGGGCAAAUGGACAAAAUAAAAUCUACUUUAUGUUUCAGCUUUUUUACUUUUUCACAAUGAUCCACAAACUUUAUUACAUUGUGAAUCCCUAAAGUGGGACAAAUUUGACUAUAAGCCCAAUUGAAUCAAUAACUGUACAAGACGAAUGACCAAAACGAACAGACAUUCUGUUAUUGUGUUACUCAUGAAGGAGCUGUAGUUAAAAUAAAAAGCUGGAGACCCUGUGAGACCUCCUCAAGAAACAGUGGAUGUCUCCUCUGCUUUGAUCGUCUUGUUUUCUCUUUUGGUGUAGAGUCACGACCAGUUGUCUGCAGGCUGUCUGCUCAACAUCUUUAUUGCAUUAAUUUAUUUCAUUAUGUUAAAUGCUCAAAGGUUCAUUUGUUUAAAUGCUAGCAAUCCUUACUCUGCUUGCCCUUGCUGUGGUGACCUCAGAAACCAGGAGUCCAAACAGGGGUGAAGGAUCAGAUUGUACAUUCUGUUUUUUUUUUUUCUCUCUCUCGAUAAAUGUUUCUCCUCAGGUGUUGGUUGUCACAGAUUAGCCGAAAAAUUCCUCAAAGCAGAAAUACCUCUUAAAUGUUUUCCUUUGUGAGUGAACUAAUCCUCAUUGGCUUUUACAUCUAUGAGCUUUGGAGUUGUAUUAAAUAUUUAGAAAAAAACAAAAUACAAAAACAAUGAUAUUAUAGAAAUGUUGUCUUCUGCUAGCUUACUUCUCCUUUGUCCCAGAUAAUCUUGCAUAUAUAUUUUAUUUUCUCUACAUGACUUUGAAUAAAAGCAGCGAGUGAUGAGGAAAUGUUGAGAGGUUUCAGCAUUAAGUACUGUACGCCUGGAUGUUGUCCUUUUUGAUUAUUAUAAAGAUAAUUCCAUGUAAACGUUUUAAUAAACUGCUGAGGCUGUAACACA